CUUAGAUCAAAAAGUAUUCACAGAGUAGCCACGACCGUCAUUUCGAUAUUCACAGUGACGAGUUGCCAUUCUCAACCUUGAGAAGUCACUCUGGAGAUUAAACUCCUUAUUAGGAAGUCUCCCGAACGUCUUCGGACUGUGUGCGGGAGAUGUCGAAAAAACGAGGGAACAUGCAAUGCACUUGAUAGCAUUCCGGGCUUACGUGCCAAUCGCGACGUAGAUGAUCAUUAUGUAUUGAGCGCCUUAAUUCUUGCUGUUGACUUUGUACGUAGGUGACUUAAAAUGAGCGACAUGAGCGACUCGAGCGAGCAUGGCAAGUCUCAACCGAAUGUCUCAACGUCGCCUAUCCAUCUACCAUGUUCCUAUCAGCCAGGGCUGUGAUUGAGUAGAGAGGAAUGCCUUGCAAUUCUGAGCCAUUCUUCCAUCUGUAGAUCAAUCAGUCUUGAUAGUAAUUACAAUCUUGGUAUGGUUCUAAAGACAAAACAUGCCUACUACUCAACCCGCGUGUAAGUUCGCGAUGCUAGCUACGGUCAUUGCCUAUAAAAAUGAUCAAGUAUCCUGUCUAUCAGGAAGUCUUUUGGAAGCAUCAUCAGCAUCAUCAGUCAUUCAUUCACUAGAGUCACUCUUUACUACUCACUCACAGUCAUUCAUUACCUGCCACCUUGGCUACCACAUUCAUUUCACACCAACUAUAACCACACUCGUUCAUCUAGACAACAGUCGAAUAAUCACAGCUAACCGCCAAGAUGCAUUACUUCAACGUUACCAACACUGCCAAGUUCCUGUCUUGCACUUCGACUGCAUUGACCCCCGUCUUGACUCCAGUCACCAAGACUACCCUGUCGCCUGUGACCCAAACCCGCUACACGACCGUCUACGAGACUGUCAUGCCGGCAGCUUGCGAGACAGGCCGGUGGAUGGCUACUUACACCGUCACUGAGACCUGCACUGGCAAGCCUAGCGACUAUGUCCCCUCAGUUAUCCCUCCGGGAUUCGUCGUAACCACUGUGUCUUGCCCCGUCUGCCACCCUGCUACGGCCAUCGAGAUCACUUGCCCGGGUGUUCAGCCCACCGGGUAUCCCACUGUCGGCAUUACUGGCAACGGUGUUACUGCUACCAUCACCGCUACACCGGCUGGUUACCCUAUGGGCAACCCGGGUGCUUACCCGACCAAAGUUCCCGCUCAUCCUAUACCUGCUCAUCCCAUGCCUGCUGGCCCCGGGUCAUGCUCUGGUCCUGGAUGCCCUGCCCCAGCCGGCCCAGGUUCUAUGCCAUGCUCUGGUCCUGGGCCUUGCCCCGGCACCGGUCCCAAGCCAGUCCCAGUCCCAGUCCCAUGUGCUGGCCCCGGCUGCCCAGACUCAAACCCAAUGCCAUGCUCUGGACCCGAGUGUCCUCACCCAGGCUCAGAAUAUACUCCUGGCGGCAACCCCGGCUCUACUCCAUGCCACGGUUCCGAAUGCUCAAGCACUGGCUCCGGCCCCGUUCCUUGCUCUGGUCCUGGAUGCCCUGCCCCAGCCGGCCCAGGCUCUAUGCCAUGCUCUGGUCCUGGGCCUUGCCCCGGCACCGGUCCCAAGCCUGUCCCCGUUCCUUGUGCUGGCCCCGGGUGCCCCAGCUCCAACCCCAAGCCCAUCAUCUCAUGCGCCGGACCCAGCUGCCCCGGCUCAGGUAACAACGGCACCACCAGCACUCCUCCCUACAUCGUCUCCGGCGCAUCGUCGCUCAAAAACGCUUUCGCCGUCGUCACAGGGCUUGUUUUCGUGGCCGGACAUUUCAUCCUCUUGUAAUUCGUUCAUGUUGUUCUAUGAUCUGUGGACGUCGGGAUAAAAUUUGGGCUUAUAUUUUUUUUGGAUAUGGUUUACGGGUGAUGGUUUACGGCUCGGGUAUUUCUUCAUCUGCUGUUACUUUUGGGUUCGUCAUAUAACUUCGGGGUAGUUUCAGGGUAAAUCUAGGGGUUCGUGACAAUUACUGGUUUAGUCUAUUCGGUGUUUCUAGCAAUUCAUUAUAGUUGAACCGUUCCUGACAAUCCUUUGUUUGUGAUUGCCAUUCUAGUGAAUCGGAUGUGCUUGUAAUAU